UCACUUGUGACGGCAGGCUAGUGUUUACAAACAAUCUCUGGGCCAUUGCUUUCUUUCUCCUUCCCGUGUAGCCUUAGGAAGGACUGUAAAGGAAACGUUUUGGAAAUCAACCAUUUCGACGUAUUUUAAGAAUGUUUCAUCCAUCAUGAGCCAGCUCAGACAGAGCAAAAAGGAAGGCCCUCAUCCGCACGUGCCAAAUCCCGAAUCCUCCCAGUCUGUGCCUUCAAAGAGCGAUGCUUCUGCUGAACCACAGUGCAUUCCCAGCCCAAAGAAAAACAGACCGGUGUCUCCUGCAACCAGCAAUGUUUCUAUGAAGAGUGAGGGCUCCAUCUUUGAGCCUCCCAACUUCAGCGCUGAUUUAAAAUCGGUGUCUACUGUAACCAGCCAUGUGCUUAUGAAGAGUGAGGGCUCCAUCUUUGAGCCUCCCAACUUCAGCAAUGACCCACCUUGUGUAAACCCAGAGGAAGACAGUCCUGUAACCAGCCAUGUUUCUAUGAAGAGGGAGGGUUCCAUCUUUGAGCCUCCAAACUUCAGUGGUGAUCUAAACCCAGAGAGAGACAGAUCAGUGUCUCCUGUAACCAGCCCUGUGUUUGUAAAGAGUGAAGGGUCCAUCUUUGAGCCUCCCAACUUCAGCGGUGAUCGAAAGCCACAGAAGAAACACAGAGCAAAGUCUCCUGUCUCCAGCCAUGAGUUCAGUCCAAAGCGAUUUCGGUUGGAAGCUCCUGAGUUGCCCAGGGACUCAAGUGACUCUAGACACCAGCUAACUGAUCAGACUUCACUGACUGUGAGCAAAGCAAUGGAUGAUGACAUCCUGAAGGAAGUUUCAGUAAACAACAAGGACAAUCUCAAGAGGCAGUUAGAAAACAUACGGGAAUGUGUGUUGACUCCAGCCACCCAGACACCUCACAAGAGUAUUUACAUAGACCUCUAUGUCACAGAGGGAGAGAGUGAAGGUUUGAAUCAGGAACAUGAGGUUUUGCAGGUAGAGUCAGCAUCCAGAGCUCCAGGCUUUGAAGAGUCAUCAAUCGACUGCAAAGACAUCUUCAAUCCUUUACACGGACAGAAGGGACCCAUCCGAACUGUGCUUACGAAAGGUGUGGCUUGCAUAGGAAAGACAGUCUUUGUUCAGAAGUUCAUUAUUGACUGGGCAGAUGGGAAAGCCAAUGAAGACCUAGACUUUGUGUUUUUGCUUCCUUUCCGAUGGCUGAAUAGGAUCAAAGACUCUCAGUACAGUCUCCACCAACUCCUGCUGAAAUUCCACCCUGAGCUAAAAAAGAUGAAGGCCUUUUCUAAACUCAAAGACUGUCAGAUUUUAUUCAUUUGUUUUGCUUUGGACGAGAGCAGUUUCCCAUUGAAUUUCCAGGAAAACCGGAUGCUCUCUGAUGUAUCAGAGGUAGCCACAGUGGACACACUUAUAACAAGCCUUAUUCAGGGCUCUCUGCUCCCAUCUGCCCACCUCUGGAUAACAUCACGACCAGUUGCAAGUGAACAAAUUCCUCCCAAGUACAUCAGCAGAGUAACAGAAGUACAGGGUUUCAGUGACACAAAGAAGGAAGAGUAUUUCAGACAGAGAAUCAGUGAUGAGGGUAAAGCCACAAGAAUCCUUGCCCACAUUAAGUCAUCGAGAAGCCUCAGCAUCAUGUGUCGCCUGCCUGUUUUCUGUUGGAUUGCAGCCACUGUUCUUCAGCAGAUCCUGGAAGAGGGGACCAGUGAGAGACCCCCAACAACUCUGACUGAGAUGUUUGUGCAGUUUUUGCUGAUCCAGACUACCAGAAGCAAGCAAAAAUAUCAAGCUAGGAGCAGCCAAGAAAGCCAAAAUGCAUUGGAAUCACAAAAAGAUGUCAUAAUGAAGUUGUCUCACCUUGCCUUCAGGCAUCUUUUGAAGGGAAACUUUAUGUUUUCAGAGGAGGAGGUAAAGGAAUGUGGCCUUGAUGUAAAUGAUGUCCUGGUGCGCUCUGGACUCUGCACUGAUGUCCUCAAAGGAGAAUCUUUAAGUUUUGGGAAAAUGUACACUUUUGUGCAUGUGACCGUCCAGGAGUGUCUUGCUGCCCUGUAUGUGUUUGCAUGUUAUAUCAACAAGACUGAGGAGGGGCUGAAACAUUUUCUCCAAAGGAAAUCCAAGAUCUCACUGAAAGAUAUGUCACUAGAUGAGCUACUCAAGGGUGCAGUGAACAGAGCCUUAGAGAGCAAGAGUGGGCACCUUGAUCUGUUUGUGCGCUUUCUACACGGCAUCUCCCUGGAUUCCAAUCAAAAGCUCUUAAAAGGCCUUCUUCUGACACGCACAGAGAACAACCCUGAAAGUGUCAAGAAAACUAUUCGAAAUCUGAAGGAGUUGAAGAGACCAAACAUCUCCCCAAAUCGAUGGAUCAACCUCCUCCAUUGUCUGGUGGAAAUGCAUGAUUCGUCUGUGCAUGAAGAUGUCCAAUCUUAUUUAAAAUCAGAGAGAGGUGCUGUACAAAAGCUCAAACUUGCUCACUGCUCGGCUUUGGCCAACGUGCUGCUGAUGGCAAAAGAUCCUCUGGAUGAGUUGGAUUUGAAGAAAUACAAGGCAUCAGAUGAGGGUCGGAGAAGACUGAUUCCAGCUGUGCAGUGUUGCAAAAAGGCUCUGCUGUCUGGCUGUAAACUCACAGAGAAGUGUUGUGAGGUGGUGGCCUCAGCUCUUGAGUCUGCCCACUCCCACCUGAGAGAGCUGGACCUGAGUCACAAUAACCUGCAGAAGUCUGAGGAGAUACUCUUCAGAGGGCUCCAGAGUCAACACUGCAAACUGGAGUCACUGAGUCUUGCCGAAUGUAAUCUGACAGUGGCCUCCUAUAAAUCCUUGGCUUCAAUCCUGCAAGCAGCACACUCCCCCCUGAGAGAGCUGGAUCUGAGUAAAAAUCCCUUGGAAGACUCUGGAGUUGAACACCUCUCCUCUGGGCUAAGAAGUCCAAACUGCCGUCUACAGACACUGAGGUUGGUAGCCUGUGGCAUCACAAGGAAAGGCUGUGAGCUUCUGGCUUCUGCCUUGAGUGGAAACCCAGCCUCCAACCUGAGAGAGCUAAACAUCAGUGAGAAUAAACUAGGAGAGGCAGAAGUCAAGCUGCUCUCACAGAUAAAGAAGAUCCAAACUCUGUGCUGAGGACAGUCAUGUAAGGCAAUAAAUCAUCGUUCUUGUGAGAUACUCAAGUAGCUCUUUGCCAGGCCAGUGGUCAACAGUGGUCAACUCCACCCCUUACAUCACAUAAGAAAUAAUUCAUGAAAUCACUUACAGCACUCUGCAUAUGCAUCACAUUCAAAAUCAUUUACAACACUCUGCAUAUACAUCACAUUCAAAAUCACUUACAGCACUCUGCAUAUACAUCACAUUCAAAAUCACUUACAGCACUCUGCAUAUACAUCACAUUCAAAAUCAUUUACAACACUCUGUAUCUAUCUUCUGUCAUUCCUUUUUUUUUAAAGUUUUUGAGUUUUUUUUCCAUACUUCCAUGUGCUGAUAUGUUGUUAUAUGUUGUAUAUAUUUAUGUUGUUGUUUUUACAAUUACGUCUAGUAAUAGGCUACAUUCCUCUUUUUCAUGUCAUUCUAUCUAUGAUUAUAUAUAUUUUAAGAACAUUAAAUAUUUUCAGUGUACAACUAGGCUGUAUCUACAUUUGUACAUGUUUUCAAUAUAUUCUUGACAUUGGUGAAAUAAACAUUUGAACAUU